UUAGAGAGAUAGAGAGAGAGAGAGUCAUCAUUUCUUAUCGUCAAAAUGGGUAGCAGAGCGAUUAUGCUCCUCCGAGCUAAUCCGCAGUUGUUCAGCUUCAGGAGCAGCGCUUUUCCGAAAGCAUUUCAAUCGAAAAAGCGGUUUUAUGCGGCGAAGUAUAGCCUCGAGCCGCCGGAUGUUCCGAGUUUGGCUGAGAAAGCUCGGAUUUCUCUCACACCGAAACAAGUCGAGGAAUUUGCUCCCAAAAUUCAGCAAGUGGUAGACUGGUUUGGGCAGCUUCAGGCUGUAGACCUUCAGAGCAUCGAACCAGCCCUGAGAGCAGAUACCGAAGGUGACAAUUUGCGCGAUGAUGUUCCUCAAGUAUUUGAUAAUAGGGAUGCUAUAAUAGGUGCAGUGCCCAACUAUGAAGAUUCUUAUAUCAAAGUUCCAAAGGUCUUAAAUAAGGAGGAAUAAUAUAGUUGUGUUCCAACGUACUGACAUUUUGAUGGGAUACUGAUGGUGACAAUUUGCGCGAUGAUGUUCCUCAAGUAUUCGAUAAUAGGUAACGAAAUAUGUUAGGAAAAUGGUAUAAAUUUGAUCUAUAUAGAUCAAAAACUGACUCAGGAUGUGAUGCAGGGAUGCUAUAAUAAGUGCAGUGCCCAACUAUGAAGCUUCUUAUAUCAAAAUUCCAAAGGUCAUAUAUUUUACA